UCAAAAUAAUUAAAUUAUUUAACAAAAAUUUAAUAAAAAUUAUUAACAAUGGCAUUCAAACAAGUUUGUACUUCAUUGUUGGUAACAGUAGCUUGUUGCACUGUUUUAUCAGUGGCAACACCAUUGAGUUACUUAAGAGAUAACGAUCAAAAUGGUUUCCCGUUCGGAAAUCAAGGUUCAUUUACUUAUUUAAGAGACAAUGGCGCUAAUCAAGUAUACCCCGUACAGUCAGGACCAGUGAACUAUAUCAAUAACAUUGGUAGCUCUCAAGUACAAACUGUUGGUUCAUAUCCAGGUGUAAUUAGCAAUGUUGGACUCGUUGGAAACGGAUUUGGUUCCAAUAUCGUAAACAAUGUAAAUGGAUUAUCCACACUUCCAUACUCCACCAUUGCACAGACUUUACCAGUUUACAAUCAAGUUGUAAGCUACCCAAGUGCUCAACAAAUCUUACCAGUUGCUCAAUAUGUUCAACAACCCUCAUACAUUGGUGGAUCAGCAGGAUACCCAAAUAACAAUCAAAUCACCAACACUCAAACCGUCCCAGUAGAGAUCAACUACAACCCAGGAUGCGUUGGACGCAGAUAAAUAAUUCAAAUAAUAAAUAAAUUAUGUACACAAAUUUGUUCUUGUCUAGGUCUAUUACACUGGGUGUAAGUAGUAAAGAAAAGACUUAGUCUUACAGUAUUGUAAGACUAUCAUUUUCUACGAACACUCUUUAAAAGCAGUGUGUACACUGAGGUACAAAAAGAACUUACGUAAAUUGUUUUUUGUUGUAAAACAAUAAAAUUU